AUGGAAAAUAAAGGAGAUGAAUAUAGUUUCCCUUCUGAAAGAGAUACUUCAACUAUGGUCUCUGGGCUUACAAGAAUUAUGGGUGCCACUCAUGAUCAAGAAAAUCAGCAUCGCCCUUCUACUCAAACACAACAAGAUCAAGGAUCUGUGAGGAAACACUAUAGAGGAGUACGACAAAGGCCAUGGGGGAAAUGGGCAGCAGAAAUACGCGAUCCUAAAAAGGCAGCUCGAGUUUGGCUUGGUACCUUCGAGACAGCUGAGGAUGCAGCCCGUGCGUACGAUGAUGCUGCGCUUAAGUUCAAAGGCACCAAAGCCAAGCUCAAUUUUCCAGAACGCGUUCAAGGGAACAUGGAGUUUCGAUAUAUAAGCAGCGAUGGAGGUGGUGGUUCGAGCAGUUUCCCAGCUGAUCAUCAUCAUCAGCAACAGCAAAUUGAUCAAGCUGCUUAUAAUUAUUACGAUCCCAUAAUGUCCCAGAACACUUUUCCUGGGCUUCAACAAUAUGCACAAUUACUCUCUAGCAGUGAUGCAGACUUCCCUUACUUGACUUCAGCUCUCUAUAAUCAAGGUCAAGGACAAGGAGGCUGCUAUUCCACCUCUCAUAUGCCGGAAUAUUCCUCCGUUAGUAGCAGCGCCAGCUUAGUGCCACAACAGCAACAAGAUUUUCAGAAUCUUCCAUCCGAUUUUGAAGGGUUUUCUGGUUUGGAUUAUCCUUCAAACUAUGGAAAUGAUUUUCACCCUAGUAGCCGAAAUCGUGAGUAA